AUGGAGCACGUCAGCAGUUGCGGGAAGCAGUUGCCUUCUAAGCUGAUCGGCUCAAGUCUACCGCCCUACCACUUGGCAACAGCGGAUCGCCACUUCUUCAAGGCUAUCCAGAUGGACCUCACAGCCGUCAAGAAAGGCCUGCGCCUCCAUGCAGAGGCCGAAGGAAAGUACUGGGCAGCGGAAGUUCUGGCCGUGAACCCGAAGAAGGGCAGACCGGUCAAGGUGCACUUCCUCGGCUACCACACCCAGUACGACGAGUGGCUGCGUGCCGAGCGUCUCCGCUCCAAGGCCAUUGUGCCACUCAAGGAGAAGGAGGUCCCGAAGGCUCCGUUCGGUUCCACCAUGCCGCCCUUUGCGAAGCAGCUCCUCCUGGCUAAGUACCUGGAGUCCGCCAAGGAGUGCACCGACAAGCUCCACUGGGCCCUACUUCACGAAAGCGGCUGCACACGCUACUCGCUGCCUGUUUUCCCGGAAGACAGGGAGUCCGACACCUCCGCAUACCUGGCGGGCAUCCUCAUCCAGGAGAUGAUGUGGCAGCGACGCGCCUCCUCGAGCCUGAUUCUUUGUGGGCCCCCCAAGAUCUGCGCGUUCCUGCAGAAGUGCUACUCGCCUGGAGGAGCUUACGACUUCGACGUGAAGUCCAUGGCCAAAGUCAGCGGCGCACGCUGCAAGCCUUUCGAGGUAAAAUUCGUGAAAGAAGAGUCCGAGUUGCCUGCUGCUUUCGGCACACCCGAGGUCUCCAACAGGGAUGCUGCUUCCUUGCAUUUGGAGCCUGGUUGCAUCGAGACGGUGGUUAUGAAGGAGUCCUCGAAGUCGGAGCAAGCUGCGACCACCCCUUUGGCGGCUGUGACAAAGUUUUCACAGUUGCCCUCCGUCGCGACAUGGAUGGUGCGCAAUCUGAGCACGCCGUGCGGGAAGACGGUUGCAACAGCAUUGCCUGCUCUGGCUGCGACCACCCCUUUGGCGGCUGUGACAAAGUUGGAAGCCUGGCGGGUUUUCACAGUUGCCCUCUGUCGCGACAUGGAUGGUGCGCAAUCCGAGCACGCCGUGCGGGAAGACGGUGGCAACAACAUUGCAAGCUCCGACGCUCCUGACCUCGCCUCCCAGGCAAAAGGCGCAUAG